AUGUCGGCACUGCUGGCAGCUAUCUCAGCAUUCGCGUUGAAGGGUCUCGAUCACGAAGAAGUCAGCAACACCAUCGGAGGUAACUUCUCCUCUGGUGUACUGGAACCGCCAAGCAUAUAUUUUCGACGCUUGAGCAUCAAGUACAUGGAAGAGGCAAUUUCCGAGCUUGACGAUGAGCCUUUAUCGCUGCACGUUCUUCAAGCAAUGAUUUUGAACACUUAUUGCCUACUCGUGCAAGGCGUGAAAGGCAGGGCCUGGCGAUACUUAGGAACAUGUAUCAGAGCAGCGUACGAGCUCAAUCUGCACUUGAUAGAUGCUGACAAGCACUCGCAGAACGACGAGCCCUGUCUCGACGCGUCGCAGUGGUGCAUCGAUGAAGAGUGGCGUCGGGCCUGGUGGGCGAUAUGGGAGAUGGAUGUCUAUGCCAGUGUCGUUCGGCGAUGUCCAACUGGCAUCGACUGGAGUCAAAACAUUACAUUCCUGCCAGCAGAAGAUGAAGACUGGUACCGUGGCCGUCCAACGACCAGCUGCGUACUCGAAGUCAACGUCAACAGUCGAUGGAUGAAGCUGGUGGCUACUAAAAGCACUUCGGCUAAGGCUUGGUUCCUUCUUAUGAACUCGUUGAUGAAAGACGCGCAGCGUAUUUCCAGCCCGAUUGGUAUUGACAGAGAUCAGAUCGCAGAUCACACAAAGCUCCGCGAUUCGAAUGCUGUUAGGCACCGUCACCAUGAGAAUCAAAGGCUUCCUCAAAACCAAGAGCAUGAUGCAGCUGCACGACGCCUCAGCACUAUACUAAACGCUUUAUACUGUGCAGUUAGUGCUCUUCCAAAAAAUCUCAAGUACCGUGGUGGACAUCUAGGUUUCGGCGGGUUCGACACGCAGGACUCGACAUUUGUGCCUCGACGAUUGGCAGAUUGCACGACUUACAGCAUCUAUCUCAUGACGCAGCUCACGAAACUGAUGAUACAGAAGUAUCACGUUUUUCGUGCUAUCGGCACGAAGUGGACUCUUGGUCACGACCAAGAGGCAUUAGCUGGCGUUCGAUACGACUCAGUCACUACUACAGGAGGGCUUCCUACUCCAGCCCCAGAACAGAGACAAUUCCAACAUCUCUCGGAGUACUUUGAGGCGGCGGACAACGUCGUAAGCAUACUUCGGAGCUGCUCCGACGAUCAGUACAAGCACGUCAACCCAUUCCUGGCUAGUACCACGUGGCUAGCGGGUGCUGUACAGCUUCUGCAUCGGAGCUACCUGGCAGAUGACGAUCCAGACAGAGAUCUCAUCACCUCAAAUUUCGAGCUGAUAAGUCAGAACUAUCGGCAAACCUUGGAGUUCUGGAACAUGUCAAGGAUACCGCUCAGUAAUUGGAAGGCGCUUGAUGCUGGUUUGGCGGACUUUAAGACAAACAACCAAGUCCGUGGUCGGAUCCACUACGAUCCACCAUGUAUCUUCACAGCAGGGGUCAGGAUAUGCCAUCAUCCUUCGACAUCUAGAGAUCUAGAGUAUGGCAGGUACUCGAGAACUGGAGCUCGAUCUAGCCAAGUGGACAGCUCUUUUCAAGAUGUGACGUCGAGUGUGGCCCCCAUCGGCAGUAUGGCACCACACGGUCAUGAUCCGACCACGACCAAUGGCCCUCUUCAGCCGUCUACGGUGUUGCCCACCCCUGAGUCCGCGGAUCAAGGGUUUAACAAUGAUCUCAUGCAUUCAGCUACGAGCAUGGACGUUCUCCCAGGAAAUACGCCGAACUUUAUGGAGGAAAUGCCGUUCUCAGAUGAUUGGGAUGGGUUGGCCGACUUCUCGACAUCUCUAGACGACCUGUUUUCAGGAUCUUACAUGCCAUGA